GCAACGGCAAUCUUCUAAUACCCUCGCCCUCGCCCGUUUGCUUUUUGGUGCUCUUGCGGCUUCCGUCUUGCAUCUCCAGCUUCAUUGUCUCUCUUUUCACCCCCUCCAAAAGACCAAAUCCCACCGAAAUAUCCCCCACCAUGGCCGACAUUAACGUUGAUGUGCUCGUCAUUGGCAUGGGCCCGACUGGUCUCGGUGCCGCCAAGCGUCUGAACCAGAUCGGCGGUCCUUCAUGGCUGAUCGUUGACGCGGCCGACAAGGCUGGUGGUCUUGCCAGCACCGACGUCACCCCCGAGGGCUUCCUGUACGACGUUGGUGGCCAUGUCAUCUUCUCCCACUACAAGUACUUCGACGACUGCCUGGACGAGGCUCUCCCCAAGGAGGACGACUGGUCCGUCCACGAGCGCGUCUCCUACGUCCGCUACAAGGGCCUCUGGGUGCCCUACCCCUUCCAGAACAACAUCUCCAUGCUGCCCAAGGAGGACCAGGUCCGAUGCAUGGACGGCCUGAUUGACGCCGCUCUGGAGCACCGCGUCUCCAACACCAAGCCCAAAGACUUUGACGAGUGGAUUCUGAGAAUGCAGGGCCCUGGUCUCGCCGACAUCUUCAUGCGCCCUUACAACUACAAGGUCUGGGCCGUUCCCACCACCAAGAUGCAAUGCCAGUGGCUCGGUGAGCGAGUGGCCGCCCCCGAUGUCAAGACCGUCACCAGGAACAUCAUCCUGAACAAGGUCGCCGGCAACUGGGGCCCCAAUGCCACCUUCCGCUUCCCCACCCGGGACGGCACCGGUGGUAUCUGGAUUGCCGUCGCCGACACGCUGCCCAAGGAGAAGAAGCGCUUCGGCAAGCAGGGCGAGGUCACCAAGGUCGAUGCCGAGAACAAGAUUGUCCACAUGGCCGACGGCACCAAGAUUGGCUACGGCUCGCUCAUCAACACCAUGGCCGUCGACCACCUCGUCGAGAAGAUGGGCAACCAGGAGCUCAUCACCCUGUCCAAGGGCCUGUACUACUCCACCACCCACGUCAUCGGUGUUGGCAUCCGCGGCGAGCGCCCCGAGCGCAUUGGCGACAAGUGCUGGCUGUACUUCCCCGAGGAUAACUGCCCCUUCUACCGCGCCACCAUCUUCUCCAACUACUCCCAGUACAACCAGCCUCAGAAGGAGACCAAGCUGCCCACCCUGUAUCACGCCGACGGCAGCAAGCCUGCUUCGUCUGAGCCCAAGGAGGGUCCCUACUGGUCCAUCAUGCUGGAGGUUUCCCAAUCCACCAUGAAGCCCCUGGAUGUCGAGAACAUCCUCCGGGACAGCAUCCAGGGCCUCAUCAACACCGAGAUGAUCAAGCCCGAGGACGAGAUCGUCUCGACCUACCACCGUGCCUUCGACCACGGAUACCCCACUCCUUCUCUCGAGCGUGAGGGUGUCCUGAAGGAGCUGCUGCCCAAGCUCCAGGACAUGGGCAUCUACUCCCGUGGCCGCUUCGGCAGCUGGAGGUACGAGGUCGGCAACCAGGACCACUCCUUCAUGCUGGGUGUCGAGGCCGUCGACCACAUCACCAGCGGAGCUGUUGAGCUGACGCUCAACUACCCCGACUUUGUCAACGGCCGCCAGAACACCGAGAGGCGUCUGGCCCAGGCUUUCAGCUACGGCGCCCAGCCUCUGCCCACCCGCGAGAGGAACUAAGCGUUUUGAUUUGGAAAAGAAAUGAAUAUUAAUUAGGGUACACAAUGUACGUGUGCGCUGUCUCCUGGCUUGAGGAGUGACUUUGGUUGAGGACGGGGUUGUCACGAAUGAAUCUGGAAACUCAUGAACGGCUCGAUGGAUUCGAACGCCUGGGGUUAAUCCAACGGGCAGUCGGGCAUAGCAUAGAUUUUCUCUGCCACGUGAUGGCGAGAU